AAAUGUUAAAUUGUCAAAUGUCAAUUGUCAUUUCAAACAAAAGCAUUCGUACCGCAACAAAAUAUUGUUUUUUUAGUUUUACUGUGUGUGAAAUUGCGUAAGCAUAUAGUUCAAAAUGGUUGGUCUAGACACAGACCUCAACCGGGACGAUGAAUGCGACAACAUUGGCUUAGGAUGUGCUUUGGAGCACUUUUCAGAGAUAGAAGAUGUAUUGAACAUGAUUGAUAAUGUUAAAAAUAUAUAUAAUACAUCAGCUUUGGAGGUAGAAUAUGAUAGACUGUAUGCAAUCUUGAAGCAAUACUAUGAACAACCACAUCUACUUGAUCCCCAUUUAGACAAGAUGUUAUCGAAGUUCCUGAGUCUAAUUAAGGAUAAAGACUCUCCGUUUGAGUUGAAGCACGCAACAUUUAAUUAUAUGUAUCAAAUCAUCAGAGUAAGAGGAUACAAGAUUGUUAUAAGACAUCUUCCACAUGAGGUGUCAGAUCUCCUAACAGUAUUAACAUUCCUGGAGGCUCAGGAUCCUAAAGACAAGGAGACAUGGAGGAGUAGAUUUGUGUUGUUGUUGUGGCUCUCUAUUGUUGUGAUCAUUCCUUUCCACAUGAGUCGGCUUGAUGGGUUUGCUCCUGGACAACCAGAUGUCGCCGAAGGAUCAAAGAAGUUGACUGUGAUGGAGAGAAUUUUCAAUAUUUGUAAGACUUACGCUAUGAGUAAGGACUCCUGUGCUGAAGCUAGUGCUUACUUAGCUUCCAAGUUUCUUAUAAGAUCUGAUGUAAAAGAGCUAUACAUGGGUGCAUUCUUCGACUGGGCCUGCGAUCUACAUUCCAAUUUACAAGAAGAGGAAACCAUUCACUAUGGUGUGUUAGCCGCUGUUGCAGCUGUACUGAAACAUGGCAAGAGAGAUGAUCUGCUACCAUUGGCUCCAAAGCUCCUGACUUGGGUGACGAACCAGAACUAUCAGCAACAUAAAGCUAUGCUCGUAAGGAAGUAUGGUGUGAAGAUUGUGCAGAGAAUAGGUCUGACAUUCCUCCGUCCGCGGGUAGUAUCGUGGCGUUACACGCGUGGUUCCCGUUCGUUGGCUGUAACGCUCGGCGGUGGAGUUGCGGCCGCUGGCGAUACUGAACCUAUCACUUCUCCACCUGAUGACGAUGACCAGGAUAUUCCUCAAGAGGUGGAAGACGUAGUAGAAUUGCUACUGUGUUCCCUGCGCGAUGAUGACACAGUGGUGCGAUGGUCGGCAGCUAAAGGCGUCGGUCGUAUCGGCGCCCGUCUGCCCGCUCUCGCGGCCGCAGACGUUUGUGACAGUGUACUCUCGUUAUUCGCCGAAAAUGAACGAGAGACUGCCUGGCAUGGAGGAUGUAUGGCGUUGGCUGAACUAGCUCGUCGCGGUCUCCUGUCCCCCGGCCAGGUGGGGCAGGGCGUGGGCAGCGUGGUGAGCGCGCUGCGACGCGACGAGGCGCGCGCGGCGGCGGGGGGCGGCGGGGGGGGCCGCGCGGCGCGGGACGCGGCCUGCCACGCCGCCUGGGCCUUCGCGCGGGCCUACGACGCCGCCGCACUCGCGCCAUACGCAAAACCUCUCGCCUUCGCGCUUAUUAGUACUGCUUGUUUUGAUAGAGAGAUCAACUGUCGUCGCGCUGCCUCAGCCGCUUACCAAGAGAACGUAGGUCGUCACGGCAUGUUCCCACACGGCAUCAACGUCCUCACUACGGCGGACUUCCAAUCUGUAGGUCCACGGAACAAUGCCUACCUAGUCAUUGCCCCACAAGUGGCCUCAUACCCCGAGUACACUCAGCCACUCAUAGACCAUCUCGUUGAACUGAAGGUUGAACAUUGGGACUGUGCUAUAAGAGAAAUUGCCGCCAAAGCACUUAAUAAGUUGACUGAUAAGAUACCGGAUUACGUAGCAACGGUUGUACUACCGAAAUUGGUGAAAAAGACUGAGUCCAUUGACCUGAAUGUUAGGCAUGGAGCCAUCUUAGCUAUCGGGGAAGCUAUUUAUGCUCUCUCUCAAGCUGAGCUACCGAAUGGUAAGACCGCAGAUUCCCUUGUGUCGGAAGACGUGUGUGUGUCAGUCCGCGGGCUGGUGGGCGCGCUGCGGUGGCGGCUCCAGUUCCGCGGGCUGGGCGGGGAACUCAUGCGCCAGGCCUGCUGCCACUGCAUCGCCGCGCUGGCGCUCGCUGACCAACCGUACCACGGACAUGAUAUUAUUGAUGAAUGGCUGAAUCUCAUCGAAGAAUGUCUAUCCCACGAAGUACAAGCCAUCAGAGAGAAGGCUAUCUACGCGUUACCUCUAGUUUUCGAACAUUACCUGCGUGAUGAUAACUUGAAGUACGGUGAGCUCACUGCUAAAGAGAAACGCAAGCAACUCAUGGAGAAAUAUUGUGAACAGCUCAGCAAUACCGGUGUCAAUGGAUUAGUGCUGAGGAUGGGAUAUGCUAGGGCUGUUGGUUCCCUGCCAAAAUUCGUGCUAACGGAACAUCUAUCAAUGGUGAUCCAAGCUCUGAUCAACUGCACUAAAGUAACAGAAGGGACACAGAAGUGGGCCGAGGCCAGACGUGACGCAGUAGUGGGACUCACUGAAGUAUGUCAGACACAGGGCAUACUGGGGGGAGUGCGGGACUAUGUGGAGGGGAUUAUACACGCGUUACUUGACUGUUUGGCUGAAUAUACUAUCGACAUGAGGGGGGAUAUCGGCGCUUGGGUGCGAGAGGCUAGUAUGACUGGUUUGCUAUCCAUCAGCCGACAGUGCGCAAUAGAAGCCCCGGAACUGAACAGUCCGGCGGUAGUGUCUGCGGUCAUGUGUGGAGUGGCCCAGCAAGCCGUGGAGAAGAUUGAUCGGACUCGAGCACACGCUGGGAGGAUCUUUACAUCACUUAUAUACAAUGACCCACCGAUCACGAACAUACCUCACCAUGAUGCCUUGAAACGCAUAUUUCCAUGUGAAGAAGUGGAACUGAAGCCUCCAGCGAAGGAAAUAGAGGAAGAUCAAACAAUGACCAGUGAGAACACUAACGUAGUACUGUGGCUCUUCCCCGGACAUACUAUGCCCAGAUUCGUACAACUGUUGAAUUAUCCGGACUAUCGGUAUAAUGUUAUCAAGGGACUGGUUGUCAGCGGUGGCGAGUUGACUGAGAGCUUGGUAAAACACACAACUCAGUCUCUCUACGCUUACCUCAUCACAUUACAUGAUAACAAAGAAAUGUUGAAGUCAAUAUGCGACACCAUCAUCAAAGUAUUUGCUGACAAUCUCCAUGUCAAGAGGAUAACUGGACCUAUGUUCAAUUUCUUGGAUCGAUUGUUGAGUUCAGGUUCUAUAUCACCAAUACUAGAGGACCCUGAGUCGACGUUCGCUAUGGACAUACUGAAGCAUUUGCAACUGGAACUUCGAGGAGGAAAGAACAUCUACAAGCUGUUAGAUUCUAUCAAUGUUUUAUGUCAGCUUAUUCAGGUGGGUGGAGUAGUUUGCAGUAGAUCGCUAGGCCAGCUAGUGAUAUACCUGUGCUACGCGGACCGCUACGUGCGUCGUUGCGCCGCGGCCAGGCUGUACGAGGCACUCACUCUCUACGGAGACGUCUGCUCCGUGCCACAGGAUAAUAUCGACCAGAUAAUGUCAGUGCUCGCAGAAACGGACUGGGAGAGAGAGGUAUCAGAACUUAGACCUAUAAGGAACGAGCUGUGUGACCUCAUGGAUAUUAAAAGACCAGUCAUGAAACAAAAAACGGCAGCGUAAGAUUGUAACGAUGGUUUUUAUUUUGUAGCACAUACUAACGCUUUGUAUAGCUUUAUUGUAUGAAGGAUUGCAUUAAAGACCGGAUUGAACGAGUUUGUCCAAUAUUAUAAAGCAACUUCCCCCAGGAAUCCAUGGGUUUAGGCAUCGGACUUGUACUAUUGUGUUGCGAGUGCUAAUUAAAAUUUUGUAGGUUAUGUUUGAGAAAGAAUCUAAUGUAAACUUGUUUUUAACAAAAUAAAAUAAUAAUAGUAAUUUUAUGCAAAAUUAUUAUGUUUCUUAUGUUCAUAAAAUGUGUUUGAAUUGUUAAAGUAUGUAAACACAUUGUCUACAAAUACUUUUUUGAGACUGAGAUUUCAUAGUAACGUUAUAUAAACAAACAUGAAUAAUGUUUUUUUUUUCUUUAUCAAUGACCAGUCUGCACUUUUAAUAAAUUCACGUAUUCUUGAAUUUCUAGUGCAAUGACAUUGAAAUUCGGACGUCCUUUAUUAUGAUAAUUCUAUUUAAUAAGCAGUAUAUAUAAUACAUUAUUAUUCACUUUUGUCAUAAAUAACGAACAAUCUGGUCUUUAAUGAUUACAUUGAUGAUUGCAAGUAACUCAAUACUGCAUCAUUCAGUUCUUUCCCGCUGAAGAAAUAUCGUUAUAUUAACUUGCUAAUGUGAUAAUACGUGCUAUGAACUUGUGUUAAAGUAUGUUUUCAUUGAGCAAAUGUGUGAUUCAAGAUGACUUGUGGAAAUGCACAUUGAAUGUGAGUCACUGUUCUGAUAGAGAACUCUAGAGCAGACCUCUGUUUCUUGAAUAUCUGCUGAGUAAUAACUGAGAAUGGUUUUUAAUAUACAGUGCCUUUAGCCAAACGCCACUUUAGCGCUUGUCUACAGAGAGAGUAGAAAUCAAAAUGUAUGGAGAUGACA